AUGGCAAGGUCGCCCAGCCGUGACAGCAAAAGCGAUUCCACCGAUACGUCCGCGUCCGACCACGCCAAAGAUCCUGACUUUGAUCCAGGUUCAAUCGCGACUCCCGACGAGUCCAGCAGCGACAACGGCGACCCGUCGCUACUACCAGCUGUACCAGCCUCGUCCCCAAGCACGGUCAAGUGCGAAGAGGCUGCCGUUGCCUGCUACACCUGCUGGAGUAGGCAGCAAAAGUGUUUGAUACAGCAAGGCAGUCGAUAUUGUGAGACGUGCCUCAAGGCCGGGUCUUCGCCUUGCAACGUCGACGGACAGGCUCCCCGCUAUCGCCGCCAAGUCAAGACUGAGAUCUACAAAUGCCUCUGCGCAGAGGCUGCCAAGCUCAACGAGGGCAACCCCAACCCACCCCCUGUCCCUUGCGACCCCCGCCACUGGAAGGAAGGCAUCGUAGGCCUGGCCAUCAGCUUCGGCAUCGAGCACCUCCUCUUCGACGAGGAUUACGAGAAAGCUGGCCUGCCCAUCCCACCUCACCGACAGCGACGAGCGUCCUCUGCACCCAAGAUGGCGCCGGCACCUUCUACCCCUGCCAAGCUACCUCCUCCUCUCAGCUCAGUCAAUCGCACGUCAUCAGUAGCAGCAUCCGUUCCAAGAUAUCCAGCGGCAGCAGUGUCGCCUUCGAAGCGCUCAGUCGAAACUGCGGCGCUUCUCGAAAUGUCAUCUGUCCCUCAUUCACCAGCGCCAUUUUAUCCUCGACUCAACGACGUCAAGACGGCCACGCCCAAGGUCGAGCACGACGAAGAGCCUCCCCCUGCAAAACGUCGCAGACGCUCGCAGAUGCCUCCGUCUCCGGCUCCUCCCUCUGGUAUCUCUACCCUUGCUUCCAGUGCUACCAAGGCGGCCAGGAAUGUCGUCCCCGCCCACCUUCACAAGCUCUAUCGUCGCCUGAUGGAGGAUUCACGCAUGAAUAACGACGGCCAUUGGUGCCCCGUCUCGCCCGUUGCCAAGGAGUGGGACGUCGAUGGGUGCAAGACCAUCGUGCAGCUCGCGUACCUGUUUGGGAUUCAAGAUCUACUCUGCGACAAGGAUUACCAUGACUCGGGCUUCCCGCGUGGUAGGGCAAGCGUCGACGACGCCUAUCGUACACACCUCAAGAGACUGCCCCAGCGACUUGCGGAUGCACGGGCAAAGCAGCAGCAGCGUGCGGCCGAGCGCCCCAGCGCCAGCGCCAGCGGUACGACGUUGCGUCAGGAUGAGGACCCGGGCUUCGGCCGUAGGGGGUUGCUCGGCCACACUCCUCGUCGUGAGCGCGAGCAGCGCCGCCAGGAUGACAAUGGCUACAAUGACAACGGCUACGACGACUCCAACGACAUCGACCACUCAUUCACAACGCCGGAGCCCGCAGCACGAACGCGCCCCACGUCAACGCAUGACGCCAACCCUCGCCGAGCACCUCGUGACAACCCCACCCCAGUAUCUUCGCACACGGACGCGCGACGCCCAAGCGACUCUCGCGACGCUGACUCAGCCCCAACUGCUGCUGCUGCUGCCGCGUCGCCGUCGAAUCGCCUCGACGAGUACCUGCCCCUCUUCUCUUCGCAGAUCGCCGUAGGAGACCGCCAUGGGCGGGAUCGCGAGAUGUCCCUCGCGCUGCGCUUCCUCCAGAAGGAGGUGCCCCUCGUCGUGGCGAGGUAUAAUGCGCAGGCCGCCUUUAGUGGCAAGCCGGCGCUGGCUAGCUAUGAGCAGGUGGUGGAGGAGGCUAUCAAGGGGGGACGCACGAGGCGCUGA